CGCCUAAACAAGGGCACACUUGUGAUAAGACAGGCGGCCCAGCAAUGAGGCUCAAGCAUGGAGUACUGACGAAACUCGCAUCUCGGUCAAUGUCAUUUGAUCGGUUGUCGUAGUGACUGUGAUUAUUCGAUCAUCUCACUUUUGCGAUACGUUGCUAUCCUUGGGCUUUUGAUUCGUUAUUUUGCUACUUCGUUAUCCAUUAAACAUCCCUGCGCUGCUAUGCAGCCUGUGCCGCCUUCUGCAAUGAGCGUUCGUUCGCAGUCGUUGCAGGUGCCCGCAAGCCUUACGAGUGAAGCCAAUACUGUCUCUGACAAUGGAAUAUUCGUCAAUUCUAUGACGGACGAUAGUGUAAAUCUUCAUAAGCGGACCCAAAACAUCACUAUUGCGAGUGUUGGACAAGUGGUGAUCAAUCCCCCUUCGCCCGCGAGUCAAAGAUCUCCAAACUUGGCACUUUUCGGCUCAAGUUUUACGUCAAGUACAGGGUCUCUUGAGACGUUGGAUGAAAUAAGAUCGUUGCAAUUGAAAAAUGGUGCUGCGCUCAAUGAACCAGCCCCGAAUUCUGGCCGAGGCGAUCGUCAACUUGCGGCUCCCGACCUCAGGCAAUCAUUUGGUUCCGGCUCAACCAAAGCAAAUGCGGAUGUGAGCAACAGGAUUCGGAACACCUCAGAAACUAAUUCAGCGCAACCCAAUCAAUCGAAACGCUGGCUCAGUCACCUGAGAAGCUGCCGUGAACGGGCCGGCUUGGCCAUUCAGUUUCAAAAUGCCAUCUACGGCCAACUCAUCCCGUACGACCGGAACAUCAGACCAAUUUUGUUUCAGUUGCAGAGCCAGAUGGUAAUCUGUCGAGCACAACACGAAAACAUCAAACAAAUUGAUGAAUUAGAAAUAGAGCUGGAGGAGCAUGUUGAUGUCCAACGGAUGCUCGAAAAAGUCUCCAAAAACCUUUUUAAUGCGACGAAGGAACUCCAAGACCUUGACAGAGCCAUCCGAGAAUUAUUCACGACCACUAAACGAGAAAAAUCGCUCAUUAGAAAUCUCAAGGCGCUUGAUUUCCCCAUGGGCGGAACCCAAGGGGAAAGGCGCACGAAUCGUUACGGAGGUCUCCUGGAACAUCUUCAACGGAUAAAACCAUCAUUCUUGCAAUUCCAGGACUUGUGCACACAGCUCUCGGACAUUCAGCAGUUACGUCAACAGGAGCCAUUAACAAAGGCCGAGAAAGAGAUGAUGUCCAGGUUUGAAAUUUGUCAGAAGGCCACAAGCCUCCUAUACCAACAGCUUUGCCAGGUCUGCUACGUACAUAAGGAGCAUCAAGUAUACUUUAAUCUCAGAGUGAAUGACGACUUGAAACAAACAACUCCAGUUCUAGACUUCCAUCUGGCGUUCAAGGCUGCGUCUCACCGUCACAACAGCACAAAUCUCAUAUGGUUUCGAGCAACAUCUACAUUGAUGCCUCUUGACGUAAAGGACCUCAAAAAACUAAACCAUUGGACUAGGGAGUCUAGAAGUCCAAGAUCACGCCCCAAUCGUGGCGUUUCUAAAAGGAAGGCCCGCCCUACCAGUAGGUCGACAAGACAAACUACACAACGAAAGCCGUCGUCGGCACCACAAAGGCAGACAGUGCACUCCAAUUCGCGCUCAACGUCAGCCCUCUGUUUAAGUAACUACGGCCAGGGGUUUGGCCAUUGGGCCGCGGAUCUUGCUGACCUACCGGCAAUGACGGACUUUGACGACCUUACUCUCAGGCAGAACCGGUUGAAUUUUCCAGAAAUGCCACCCCGCAUCGAUCCUGUGCCUCUAUCGCAGUGGAUACGCGAAGGGUGUCAUGUCCAAAUGCCGGAUCUCACUGCCGAACACAUGAGGAUCCAUGUGGCACGCGUACUCUGCGAGGCAUUGCUCAGGUUUACACCAAAGGUUUGGCCGCAGACACCUUUUAGCAGCGAGAAUAUUAUGAUACUAGACAGUAUCAAUGGCGGGGUCUGGGAUCCUCAUUUUACUCUGAAGCUUGUGGGUCGGAACGGAUCCGAACAAUAUCUGUCAGCAUCGGGAGGAACGCCCAGUCGAGAGAUACUCCACCAGCUCGGAAUCACACUCCUUGAACUUGCGCAUCGGAAGCUCGUCCAUGGACUAAGAACAAACGACGCUGGGGAGAUAGACAGAGGACACUCUAGCUAUGCACAAGUCACCAAUCUGUGCGGCACGAGUCUUAAGAGCGUGUUUGGUGGAACGCAUUUCCCAAGAGCGGUGGAUUACUGUAUCAAGUAUCCAAGCCGAGGAAAGGACUUGCUCGACUCGGAGCUACGGGAAAGGUUCUACAAGGCUGUUGUUGUUAGUUUGGAGAAGACUGAAAAGAGCAUAAGCCGAUCACUUGACAAUCAGAGGCGAUUUGCAGAGGACCGGUGAGGAUUUAGGGAUUAAUAUGAAUGUGUACCGAAGUACCGUUACUUGCAGAAUAAGUUGACAUACUUCAUCAUUUAAUGAAGAGCUAACAUGUUCAACAUG